CCACGAGAGAAUGAACGAACUCUAUAGAUGUGUAUUGAUGAAAGUCACACUUGUAAGCGCGAGCGUCGUCCGAUACUUUUGCAGUAGAAAGUAACAGAUGUAGCAAAUAGCCUCCAAGCUAAUGCAACUCUUUAUGGGCUGAAUUAUUAGACGACGAGACUAAAAACCAAGGACCUUUCAAUUGGUUAAAUUUCAUAGUUUGCUAGUUCAAAGAGGUAUAGGCUACACAUGCUUUAUACACGAAUUUGAAAUUGUCGCCACAAGGACGCCGCUGUGCGCUAGAUACACGGCACUUGGAGAGUAGUUGAAGUGAGCUUGUAAAAGGCCUGGUGCAUGAUGGGAUCAUUUCGGCGGCCCCGCCCUCGCUUCAUGAGCUCGCCCGUGCUGACGGACCUCGCCUGCUUCCACGCCAGCUCGGUCGGCCAGCAGCUGUCCAACACAAGCGUCUGGAAUAGUGUCCAAACAGCCGUGAUCAAAGUGUUCCAGGGUGGAGGGUUGCAAGCUAAUGAGCUUUACACCCUCAAUGAGAGCAUCAGAUGGCUCCUCAAGACCGAGCUGGGAUCGUUCAUCACAGAGUACUUCCAGAAUCAACUCUUGACCAAAGGCCUGUCACAUAUUCUGGAGAAGAUUAGACUUUAUGAGGGUGACAGUCAACUCCUUAUCCUGUCCGAGAUGUGGAUCAGGUUCUUCACUGCGAUCUUGCCCACGCUCCAGGCUAUAUUCUAUCCUGUUCAGGGUCAGGAGCUUACCGUCAGACAGAUGGCUCUACUGGGCUUCAGAGACCUGGUUCUGUUGAAGCUCUCCCUAGAAGACCUACUGCCCAUUGCCACAGUCCCCCCAGCCAUCACACAAAUGCUGCUGAUUCUGCAGGGCAUCCAUGAGUCUAACGGGCCCAGUCAAGAGUACUAUCAGCUAGAGGGAUUGGUCGAGACAGUCAUCUCGCCUUACCUGGGUAACGUCCUCCACGUUAGCAACAUCAACCGCUUCGUAGAAUGCCGUGCACCACUUUCCAGGUUAAGAGGAGUGGCACAACCAGAGAUCACUGUUACUCAUCAUCAUGCCUCAGACUCCUCCUCUCUGGCUCCCCUAGUGGAGCAGGAGGGGGAAUCCUACCUGGAGAAGGUGGGAGGAGUCCGACGCCACACAGUGGCCAAUGCACACUCCGACAUACGGCUGCUCUCAGCUUCUGGCAGGAUGCAGCCUGGGAUGGAGGAGGACAGUGGUGGCGGUGGUGGGAACGGGAUGGCAGGCAACGGCAUGCGGCCCAGGCCUUUCUCCAGCUAUCCAGACAUCCUGGAAUCCCCACUGGGAGUGGUGGGGCCCUUCAGAAAGCAGAGAUCGACUGAAAUCAGCUGCCAUCCUCCCAGCUAACCAGUGAUAGCGGCUGGAGACCGUUGUUGUUAUUGAUUCCUGGAAACUGAGGGGAUAAAAACCAUCUCUGAGUGCGAGCAGGGUGGUUGGGUGGAGUCUAUGUCACCCAAGGGCUUUCCCUCCUCUGUGCUCAGAUGCCAAAAUGUGGAAACAGUUGAUUGUUUCCGUACAUCUCUGUUUCCCUACGUGCCAACACGUCAGAUCUAUUCACAUGAUUUUAUUCCUGGGACGCAUUCCUCGGUUGGAACUGAUUGAUGACAGGUAUCUAUCGUAACAGCUCGUGUUUUUACCCUAUUUAACCUCUUAUAAGGACACAGAGGAAUGGCAGUGAGAUCUGAGCCUCAUGUAAAGAAAGUAUAUUUGUGGCUGACCGCCUCGAUUUGGUCUUUUGGAGCAACAUUUUUUUUUAUUUUUUAUUUUUUACAUUAGAUAAAAGUUGACUCCGUAGACUCACAGCUAGAAAAACUGUAUAUCACACACUGCAGCUGAGGAACAAAUGGGAAAGUAAUUCUGCUUUGAAAGUUGAAAAACUUGUAACCCCACUUUUGAGAAAAUGGCCCUUGAAUGUUUGGUACACCUACAUGAAGAGCUCUUCUUAUUCUACACCCAUUCAGCAUCGUUCACACCCUCUUAAGACUUAGCCCCACCCAUCUCUUUCACGUGUGAGGCAAU